UUUUGAGUUAUUGUUAUACAGGAUUCUGCGAAAGUGGCUGUUCUGCUAUAGCAGAUUCUGGAACAUCUUUGCUUGCGGGUCCAACAACUGUAAUCACCAUGAUAAACCAAUGCUAUUGGAGCAGCUGGAGUUGUUAGCCAGCAGUGCAAAGACUGUUGUGGAUCAGUACGGACAGACCAUUUUGGAUCUGCUUUUGUCCGAGACUCAACCGAAGAAAAUCUGCUCGCAGAUUGGUCUGUGCACUUUUGAUGUAUGUGGCAUUGAGUCGGUAGUGGACAAGGAAAACGCCAAAUCUUCUAAUGGUGUCAGUGAUGCCGCUUGUUCUGCAUGUGAGAUGGCAGUUGUUUGGAUACAGAGCCAGUUGAGGCAGAACAUGACUCAUCAACAGGCUUCCAUUACAGCACCUUUGAUAUAAUCUGUUGAACCAUUCUUGUCCUGAUCCUGUUUAUUUGCUACCGUUGUUGGUUAUCCUGGACAGCUAUGCAAGCGUCUUCCGAUCCCAAUGGGAGAGUCUGCAGUGGACUGUGCUCAACUCUCGACCAUCC